GAUCAGCGCUGAUCAAGAUGGAAGGUUCCGAAACAAAGAGCAACUCCUGCUAAAGAAAUUGGCAGCAAAAGGUCAAUUUCCCACAACAUUUGAAGAACGUGUAAAUAUGACAAAAGUCAAUAUGGAAGUUAUACGACCUUGGAUAGCGGAAAAAGUGGAAGAAGUUUUGGGAUUCGAAGAUGAUGUUGUGGUAGAAUAUGUGAAUGGAAUGCUUGAAGAUCCAAAUGAUACACAACCUGAUCCAAAAAAGAUGCAAUUAAGCUUAACUGGUUUUUUGGAAUCGAAAACGCCGACUUUUAUGGCGGAACUUUGGUCUUUGCUCCUAAGCGCUCAAAAGUCUAUCGGUGGUAUACCGCAAGACUUUGUCGAAAAGAAGAAGCAGGAGAUGCGAUUGGCAAGAGAACGAGAUGCUGCUGCAAUCGCUGGAAGUGGAUUGAGUAGGAGACAGGAAGGCAGAUCGUACGAUCGUCAAGGAGAUCAGCAGCAGGGUAGAUCACGAUUUGAAGACCGCUCAAAUAGAUCUAGAUGGGACGAUGCACCACGCUCACGCAAUUCAGGCAGAAACGACUUUGUGGACCGCAGAGGUAAUCGGACAGAAAGGAUACAAGAUAGUGGCUGGGGAGCGCAAAGAUCAUAUGAUUCAAGACCUCGCAGAAGUCCAUCUCCACCUCGCAACAGAAAUCGCUCAAGAACUCGCUCAAGGUCACCUCCCCGCUAUGAGCGACAAGAAAAACGUUCUCGCUACUUUGACAAUGCAGAUAGCAAUGAAGGGAGUGAUCAGCGGAGACGUCGUUACGAACAUCACGACGACGAAAGACGAAACUAUGAUCGGCGCGAAAGGGAAAGCCCACCUCGUAGGAACGUAAGUCGAAGAUCUCCUGAGUCAUCACCUUCGCGAUCACCAGAAGCACGGCAAAGCAGCAGCAAAAGGCAAGCCGAAGGUAGUGUCACACCAGAUUAUCGUGAUCGACAAAGGCAUCGGCCUUCGCCAUCCCUCACUCCGCCAAGAAGAAGAGAUGAUCGUUCACCGACGUACUCUCCGCCUGGUGCACAAUGGGAUGACGAAAAAUCUGACGAUGAUCAUCCAAAAGAAGAGGGGCCUUUACAUCGAAAAGACGCACAUAAACUUUCUCGUAGUCGAUGGGCAAACGAUGACUAGAUUGUAAUGCAACAUACCCAUACGAGGACAUAACCUGAUGUACAAUACAAUGUGUAAUAUUUCUAUGAAGUAACAUG